AUGAUGGCCCUCAAUUCAUUGUUACCACUUUCAGUUAAUGCUCUUCACGUAUCUUCAAGCUCAACUUCCAAGAUUUCGCUUUCUCGUUCAAAGCCCUUUGCCGUUGCCUGCCAAAUGAACUCAAACAGAGAUAGUGAAGUGGUUGCCAAUGCAGAAUCCAGGAAAUGGGGGAAAGUGGUUUCGGCCACGGUGGCGGCUGCCGUUAUUGCCUUCAGCUCUGACAUGUCUGCCCUUGCUGAUCUCAACAAAUUUGAGGCUGAAAUGAGGGGUGAAUUCGGGAUAGGAUCGGCUGCGCAAUUUGGCUCUGCAGAUCUCAGGAAAGCAGUGCAUGUGAAUGAAAAUUUCAGAAGAGCCAAUUUCACAGCUGCUGAUAUGAGAGAAUCUGACUUUAGCGGUUCAACUUUCAAUGGUGCAUACCUUGAGAAAGCUGUUGCAUACAAGGCAAAUUUUUCAGGUGCCGAUUUAAGUGAUACAUUGAUGGAUCGCAUGGUUUUAAAUGAAGCCAAUCUCACUAAUGCCAUUCUCCUUAGAACAGUCCUCACACGGAGUGACCUUGGGGGUGCCAUCAUCGAAGGUGCUGACUUUAGUGAUGCUGUCUUGGACCUUCCCCAAAAGCAGGCUUUAUGCAAGUAUGCUAGUGGCACAAAUCCUGUGACAGGAGUGAGCACAAGAGUAAGCUUAGGUUGUGGGAACAAACGACGAAAUGCUUAUGGCUCCCCAUCAUCUACCCUUUUAAGUGCUCCACCACAGAAACUGCUUGACCGAGAUGGUUUCUGUGAUGAAGCAACAGGACUUUGCGAUGCAAAGUAG